AUGACAUCCAAACACGCGCUGCUCCGACGGAAGCGGCGAAUGAUGGACGGUGAGUUGAUUGCAACGCCUCCACCCACACUGGACACAAAGCUCCGCGAGGAGCGCCACUUCCGCGAUUUCUACCCAGACCUCGACGAAACUGCAAAUCUCAAAGUACUUGUAGUGGACGAACCCGAGGCGGACUUCCAGUGCAAUCUCGAAACAAUCCACAUCCCCGACCACGCCGCGCUUAAAAAGCCGCGCUUCCGGAAGAUUCCUGUGCGCGUGAACGACGACGUCAUUCGCACGUACAGCAAACGUAUGGCACGCUUCGGGUACCAUGCACCCAAGGAAGACAGUGCAUGCGUACCGUUUGUCAAUGCAAGCCUUCGAGCUGAGUACGAUAUGGACGAGCAGGACUUGUUCUUCCUUGCUCAUGUGAACGCGCUGCGGAGCACGGCGGGUGUAGCAACAAGUCCCCACGACGUGGUCGCGGACCCUAAGCUCUCACGUGAAGUGUUCGAGAUCGCCAUGACCUUUCUCGAGAACGAGUGGUACAACCUUGAACGGCGCGUGCCGCCGCCGCCGCAGGGCGUCGCCACGGUGGACCCCGCAUUGCACGGCUCCGACGACGGUACGCACGAGGAGGACCAGUGUUGUGCUGUGUGCUUCGAGCGCGACUGUGACAAUGCCAACGCGAUCGUUUUCUGCGACGGCUGCAACAUCGCGGUGCACCAGGAGUGCUACGGUGUGGCCUUCAUUCCUGAGGGCCAGUGGCUUUGCCGCAAGUGCAUGAUCUACAGCCACCAGUCACUGGGCGUUGCCUGCGCAUUCUGCCCCAGCCGCACAGGUGCAUUCAAGCAGACCGACACAGGACUCUGGGGCCACGUGCUCUGCGCGGUGUGGAUCCCUGAGCUCUAUUUUGCGAACCCGGUGUACGUAGAGCCGAUUGAGGGAAUCGAUGCGAUUCCCCGCAGCCGCUGGAAGUUAAACUGCUACGUGUGCAAACAGCCAGGCGGUGCAUGUAUCCAGUGCCUGAAGCCAUCAUGUUUCCUCGCGUAUCACGCGACGUGCGCGCGGCGUGCAGAGCUCUAUCUCCACGGCUUUCACGGCAACGCGCACAAAGCGCAGUUAGAGACAUACUGUGAUCGCCACGCACCAGACCGCUGGGCGCACGAACACGACGCGCGUGCUGGAAUUGCACGCACACGUGCGUACUUUGCGGCCAUCUCGCGCGUACGUCGCGUCACCGCUGCGCGCCGCUCUGACACCGACCUCUUCCGUUGGAAAACCGCCACCGGCAGCCCCAUCGCGCCACAGGUGUUUGCGGACCGCUUAGCACAUUUCUUGCACACGCACUUUCAGCUUGAUAUCGCGCGCCAUCGCGCGUUGUGCGAGCAGCUCUGCCGCUACUGGACGUUAAAACGUGACGACAAGCGCGGUGCGCCGUUAAUCAAGCGCCACGACGCACGCCAGCACUACGGAACAGUGGACCCACACGCCAUCUAUAGCCGUGUGGAAACCACUACAGCGUUGCUUGCGGAUGUGGGACGCUUGGAGGCCCUCGCAGACGUUAUGGUUGCGCGCCAGGAAAAGCAGGCCCAGCAGCUUGACGCGACCUGGCAGGAAAUCGAGAUGGUGUACUUCCCGGUGACGUACCUCAUCCGUGCUUGUUUGCACGAGGUGCUAGUGCACGACCCAAAGAAGACGUUGGUGAGUCAUGUGAUAACUACACCGACAGAGUCGGGGAUCACGAGCCUUGAAGACGUGGUUGCGCGGUGUGAGAUGUACCACUACCGAAGUGUAGCGCUGUUUGUCAGCGAUUUUGAGGCAUUCACUAGCGCACUCUCCCAGGCGACGCCCCCGCACUAUGUGGCGAAGCUCAUGAAGAAGGUGAUGCAUGCCUCGAAGAAGCUGUUUCCUGUAUUGGUUCAGCAGGAGGCGGAGUUGCAGGCUGGCCUCCUACAGGCUGGACGGGCUGGUCUUGCUAGUCCAAGCUUUGCCACUGCUUUUCCCGGCGUGGUUGUAAAAGGAAGCAAGAUCGAUUAUAGACAGUGGGAUGGCAAUGUCAACGGUGUUAAGUGA